AGAUUCUCUUUAUUUUAGGGUCAUAAGAUUCUUUUUGACAAAAGAAAGUGUGUCUCAAGUGAUAAAUGUCUUGUAGGUUAAUUUGAAUGUGAGAAAAUGUCUCUAUAUUGUAAAAAUUUCUUUAAACUUUGACUAGUGGACCAUGUUACUUCUACCAACAGUACUCAAAUACAUGCUCAUGUAUUUUUUUAGAGCACGUUAACGCAGUAUCUUAUGCAUGUCUCUUAGGCUAAUUCUGAUUAAAAGGAAAAUGAAAAAUAGAAAACAUGGAAGACACGUAUCUUAAUCAGGCUCCGCAAGGGACAUCUCUUAUGGGACAGCUGUCGAAACAUGAGUGGGUGGAGGAGAGGUUUGGUGUUUCGACCUUCUCGGCUUCUCUCUCGAAUCCUCUCCUCGACGUGCAACGACGAUGACAAAGUCUGUCUCCCUUGGUGGCUCCGGUCGGGCUCUUCCGAUGGUGCUUCCCCCUUCCCGCCCUUUGAGGAACAAGCUUUGUUUUGCAAAACAAAAUUCCAGAGAGAGAGAGAGAGAAGCCGAGAAGGUGCCUGAAAAGGAUGCCUCAUUCCGAUGGUGCUUCCCCUUCCCGCCCUUUUAGGUCCGUGAGCUCUGUUUUCACUGUAAUUAAGAUCAAAGCUUGUUAUCUCUGAUCAAAGCUUCUUACUAUGGUGAGGAAGAUCGACAAUGGUUCAUGGAAGCAAUGCAAGGACAUACGAUCGAUUCAAUUUCUCGUAUGAAACAAAUAUCUCAAAUCAUGAAAAUGCCUGAACACCUCUUGGAUUCUCAAGGAGUCACAACAAGCGAUCUUGAAGGAAUGUUGGAUGAGUUGCAGGAACAUGUCGAGUCUAUCGAUCUAGCCAAUGGUUUGAUCUCUUACACCAAACAUUUUUUUGUUCUUUUGUUACAUAAAACAUUUUUUUUAAGAAUUCCUAAAUAAGAGACUCUUAUUGAAGCAAAAAAAUGUUGGUGUCUCUUGACUAGGUCUCUUAAGUAAUAUUUAAUACUUAAAAAUCAUUAAGAAAUUCAAAUUGAGUUUUUGGGUUAAUGAUGCUCUUACAAUUACAUGUUUUUACAUAUAUAUUUUCUUAUAGUUACAUGUUUUUAACAUAUAUUGUUUAGCAAACAAAAAUAAUAAUUUAAUCAAGAAAUGAAAGGAAAUUCAACUAGCAAUAAUCUAUGAUCUUUCCAAUUGUUGACCGGAACAUGUAGUAAUGAUGAGUUAAUUAUAUGUUUUCUUGUAGUGAUGAGACUAUCAUGUUGAUUCUGAUCAUAUUUGUUCUUGUGAUAGUAACCAAGAACAAAUGAUGGGUUAUGUAACUAAGCAAUCUCUCUUUGUUCUUGUUCCCUGUGUUUGAUGCCUUAUUUAUAGGUCUUUGACCUGCAAACAACAAAAGUUUCGGAAGCAAUUAUAUUAACCAAUAAAGGGUCUUUUGUUUAUUGCCUGACACAUAUAGCCAGAUCAGGUAAGCUCCCAAUCCCUAUAUGUAAAAGCUCUCCAGUAGUACGCAAAACUCAAUAACUUACUUGAACAAAACACAACAAACGAAACCAGCAAAAUAGUAACUUCCACACAAUACAAGUAACUUUUAGUUGAAACGCACCAUUUCGAAGUGACACUAUUUGGGCGAUUUUGAAGGCGACUUAGGUUUCGAGGGUAACUUCACGGAGAUCUCUGCUGGUUCUAGAUCAAGGUCUCCGAUGGGGGAUCGAGAUCUUCCGGAGGAUGAUCGAGGUAACAAGGGGUCAAACAUGGAGGAUCGCGAAGAGAGGGAUCAAGGAGGUUUGGAACGAUUGAAACCGCGAUCGUGGGUUAAUGUUCAAGGGAAGAAGGUCUUAAAGAAGUACGAUAUAGAGAUUCAGAUGAUGGAUGGGAUCGGAUCUGUGAUUGUACCGGAGGAAGUAUUCACGGAUGCCUCUCCUCUAUGGGAAGAUUUUAUCAUUGGGAGAUUUCUAGAUAAGGCUUCACACAUCGCGAAAGUUCACGCGAUAGUCAACAAAAUAUGGGCAUUGAGCGACAAGUCGCAGAUGAUUGAUGUUCAUGUUAUUAAUUCAACAACUAUGAAGUUCAAGGUGAGCAAUCCUAUUAUUCGAAACAGAAUCUUGAGAAGGGCGAUGUGGAAUAUUGUAGAGAUACCGGUAGUCAUGGCGAAGUGGUCACCGUUGACAGAGGAUAUCAAACAAGAAACACACUCUAUUCCGCUAUGGGUCCAUCUGAAGAAUGUGCCAAUGGAGAUGUAUUCGUGGAAGGGUCUCAGUUUUGUAUCAAGUCCAGUGGGAAUACCAGUUCGGCUACAUCCAGAGACAGAGCAGUGCGAGAAUCUGAAAGUGGCAAAAAUAUUUGUGAAGGUGGAUUUAUCCAAGGAGGUGCCUAAAUCGAUGAACUUCAAUUUUCAAGGGAAGGACACUCUGGUGGAGUAUUCAUACCCGUGGCUCCCAAAUAAAUGCACAUAUUGUGGGAAAUGGGGUCAUUUAGCAAGAGUGUGUAGAGGAAAGAAGAUAGCUGAUGAGACUAUGGAAGAAGAAGAGUUGGUGAAAACUAGCAGAGGUAUUGAUUCAGUUAAAGGCUCAGUGGAAGUUGUCAAAACGGUCAGUUCAGAGGGAAGAGAUGUUCCAGUGGAUGGUUUGGUAGUGGGUUCAGUGGUAAGCUCAGUGGAUGGUUAUGUGGCAGAUUCAGUGGCUGGUUCAGUAUUUGGGUCAGUGGUUGGUCUAGUUAAUGGUGAGGUGGAUGGUUUAGUGGCAGACUCAGUUGUGGGUUCGGUAUCUGGUUCUGAAGUUGGUCUAGUGGCUGGUGCUGUGGAUUCAGUCAUGGGAUCAGAAAAAGAAAAGGUUAUUGGAGUUGCAGGAAAGCAGGUUGACAAGUUGGCUGGCUCAGUUGAAAGGGAGAAAGGAAGUUGUGGGAAAGAUAAUACAAAGACAGCAGGGAUUGAUAAGGAAAAAGUUUGGAUGGAAAUCUCUCCAGGGAAAGUGAGUCGCACACCAAUAAAGAGCAAACAACUAGAAUUUGAACAAGUAUCUAUACUAUCUAAAUCGAGGUUCUCGGUUCUAAGUACGGACGAGGAAGAAGGUGAAAUACCUGAGACUAAAGAUGAUACGGAGGAAGAAAAUAAAGUAGAAGAUGAAGAUAUGAAAGAUGACAAGGAUUUGGAAAUGAAGGAAUCAAUGUAUAAGAAUGAAGAAGAUAUAAUAAACACAAGACAAUAUUUGCCGAGGGGUUCGAAAAGUAAGCACAAAUUCUUGAGUGUUGAUGUGCCCCAGUCCGAGGAUCAGUCCACGGAAUCAAAUCAGAACGAGGAUCAGAACGUCCGGAACAAUGCAACUGAGGUUCAAUCCAUCGAUCGGGCCGAACAUACCGCUCGGGCCGUGUAUCGUCUUGACCCGCACUCGUCCGGAUUGGAGCUUCAGCAUAACCCACAACCAGAUGGUCAAAUCAACCGCACUGAAGUUCGCCUUUCUUGUCCUGUUCGUCAUGCUAAGUCCAUUGGUCAAGCCAGAAGUGAAGUUGUUCGAGUGGAAUCCAAAUCCGACCAUGGUCUCUCUCUCUUAAGCCGUCUUGGCCGAACUGGCGAUCGUUCUGAUGAACUGAUCCGACACUUCGAUCAGUUCAUGAACUUUGAUCAGCCAAAUCUCUCUAAGGCAAGACUCUUGAGGUUGUCCGAAGACUUAGCCACCUUUUGGCCCGGAACAGUCCAUGAAAGUCACCCGUCCGUACAUGAAGAACGAACCGGCCGUGUACUUCUUCUCACCGCGGGACGUGCUAUCAGUUACACCGAACCUGGACAAGAGUAGCCGAAGAGUUCAAAUCGACCAGUCAACAUUAUUUUCUGUGCUUUGACUAGAUCUGGUCUUCUAUCUAUUUUCUAUGUCUCUUUUUCAUACAUUCUACUUAUUAUCUUUGACUACAAGUUGUAUAAGUACGAGAACACAUCUUUGAGAUGAAAUAAUCGAUUUUCAUUAUUCAUUUUUGAGUGUUCUUUCUUUGUUCUUUGAUUAGAACAUUCUUGUUCUCUUGGUGAGGCUAUCUCCAAGUGAAUCCCCUUUCUUUGAGCCGGACUUGUGUGUCAAAUCAAGCGGCCAUUGAGAGUUCUAGUAGUAUCAUUGGGACUUCCGCAUCCCUUUGUGUCACUAAACAAUCCAUCAGUUCUCUAUCUCUUCAGAUCGAGUUCAUAUCAUCAGAUACGGUUGAGUGUUCGUUCCUUAGGGUUCUUCAAGUGUGACUGUUCAGAGAGCUAGGGGUGAUGGCCCUGGUGAUCAGAAUAAAAAGAAGAAAUAUCGCAAAGCACAAUGACAGGGUUCUUCUGGAACACCCGCGGCUUUAAUAAACCAACUAAACAUUCAGUAGUCCGUGAGUGGUUGAGAAGUCAGUCAUUGCAGUUUGGAAGUCUUAUAGAAACAAGAGUAAAAAAAGGUAAAGCAGGAAAGAUUUUAAAUUCAGCGUUUCAAAACUGGUCAUUUAUGGCUAAUUACGAGUACAAUCAUCUUGGAAGAAUAUGGGUGCUUUGGGGGCCGUCAGUGAGGAUGACUCCAGUCUUUAAAAGUAGCCAAAUGAUUACAUGUUCAGUUAAGUUGGAGGGGAGAGUAGAGGAAGUACUGUGUUCUUUUAUAUAUGCACUGAACACUAAGGAGGAGAGAAGAACGUUAUGGGAAGAUUUGAGGAAUCACAAAGACUCAGCAAUGUUUAGAGGUAAACAAUGGCUAAUUUUUGGUGAUUUUAAUGAGAUUUUACAAGGAAAUGAGCAUUCAGGGUAUGAUAAUAAUCCAAUCAUCACCGCAGGAAUGAGAGAAUUUCAGGACACCGUAAGUUAUUGCACUCUCACCGAUAUGAGUUUUCAUGGUCCUACUUAUACUUGGUGCAAUAAAAGGGAUGAGGGGCUAAUAUGCAAAAAGUUAGACAGAAUGUUGAUGAAUGAUGCUGCUCUGCAUGGGCUGCGAAAUGCCUAUAGUGUAUUUGAAUCAGAAGGGUGUUCUGAUCAUCUCAGAUGUAGGUUUCAUCUAGAAAUGGAAGUACAGAAGAAGCGAAAACCUUUUAAGUUCACGAAUGCCAUAGCAACAAUGGAAGAUUUCCAACCAACAGUGGAGAGGUAUUGGAGGGAAACAGAGAAAUUAUUCCAUUCAACUUCGGCUAUGUAUCGGUUGGGAAAAAAAUUAAAGGGUCUUAAGCCGACUUUGAGAAUUCUAAGUAAAGAGAAGCUGAGGCAGUUACCAAAAAAAACAAAGGAGGCAUAUAAGCAUUUGUGUGAGAAGCAUACAGAAACCUUAAUGUGUCCAUCUUCUGAGGCUAUCAAAGAGGAGAGUGAAGUGUUGGAGAGAUGGCAAAAGCUUGCUGACUUAGAAGAAGAGUUCUAUAAACAAACAUCUAAGCUACAUUGGUUGGAAGUGGGGGAUGGAAAUAAUAGACAUUUCCACAAUGCGGCUAAGAUAAGAGAAGUAAGAAAUGCAAUCAGAGAGGUGAUAUGUCCGAAUGGAAGUAUAGCCACGACUGAAGAUGAUAUAAAGAAAGAAGCAGAGAGGUUUUUUACUGAUUUCUUAACCCAUAAACCUGUGGAUUAUGAGGCUCUUUCAGUUGAAUACCUACAGAGUUUGCUACAGUUUCGUUGUACUGAAGGAGACCAAGAGUGACUGAUCAGUGAGGUCACAGCAGAAGAGAUUAAAGCAGUGGUGUUUAAAAUGCCAUCGAACAAAUCGCCUGGACCAGAUGGCUACACACCAGAGUUUUUUAAAGCGGCUUGGCCUAUCAUUGGAGAAGAUGUAGUCGUUGCUGUGCAAUCAUUCUUUCUUAAAAGUUUUCUCCCGAAAGGUAUCAACUCCACUAUCCUAACACUUAUACCUAAGAAGGAGAAUGCUAAGGAGAUGAAAGAUUAUAGGCCAAUCUCAUGCUGUAUUGUACUUUACAAAGUGAUAUCUAAACUGCUUGCAAAUCGCCUCAAGGGAAUUCUGCCACAGUUUAUAUCAAAUAACCAGUCUGCAUUUGUUAAAGAUAGGUUGCUGAUGGAAAACCUUCUGUUAGCUACUGAGUUAGUCAAAGAUUAUCACAAAUCUGAGAUAUCAUCCAGAAGUGCAAUGAAGAUUGAUAUCUCCAAGGCCUUCGAUUCUGUGCAGUGGCCUUUUCUCCUAACAACCCUGGAAGCUUUUGGUUUCCCUGCAAAAUAUAUACAUUGGAUCAGACUCUGUGUGUCGACAGCUUCUUUCUCUAUACAGGUGAAUGGGGAACUGGCUGGUUACUUCAACAGUACUCGAGGUUUGAGGCAGGGUUGUGCUCUGUCGCCUUCUCUAUUCGUGAUAUGUAUGAAUGUACUAUCCAAGUUGUUGGACAAAUCAUCUUCCGAAAGAAGGAUCGGUUAUCAUCCAAGAUGUAAGAAUGUGUCCUUGACGCAUCUCUGCUUUGCAGAUGAUAUAAUGGUAUUCUCAGAUGGGCAGAAGAGGUCGGUGGAAAGUACACUUCUGGUGUUUGAGGAAUUUGCCAGACUUUCGGGUUUAAAAAUCAGCCUAGAGAAAUCAACACUAUACAUGGCUGGCAUCUCACAGGAGACUCAACAAGCCAUUCUUGCGAAUUUUCCUUUUGCAGUUGGACAGCUCCCAGUAAGAUACCUAGGCUUGCCUCUUCUUACCAGGAAAAUGAUGGUUUCAGAUUACAUGCCUUUGUUGGAGAGUGUCAGGAUAAAGAUGUGUAACUGGAAUGGGCGAUUUUUAUCGUUUGCAGGCCGUUUGCAACUAAUCAACUCGGUGAUUAUGAGUUUGACAAACUUCUGGCUAGCAGCGUUUAGAAUGCCAAAGAAAUGCCUUCGUGAGGUAGAAAAAAUGUGUGCAGCCUUCCUUUGGUCUGGUCCUGAAAUGAAAACAAACAAGUCUAAAGUGGGGUGGUCUGAGGUUUGUAAGAUGAAGUCAGAAGGAGGAUUGGGAUUAAGACCGUUAACUGAAGUGAAUGAUGUAUCCUGUCUCAAGUUAGUCUGGAGAAUUCUAUCAGGGCAGACCACGCUUUGGGUGCAAUGGAUUCAAAGCUAUCUGAUGCGCAAAGGGUCUCUUUGGGCUUUAAGGGAUAACACAAUAAUGGAAUCUUGGAUGUGGAAGAAAAUCCUCAAAAUGAGAGAGGUUGCAAAAAAGGUUUCAUUGUGUUGAGGUUAAGAAUGGAGAGUUUACUUCCUUUUGGUAUGAUUUGUGGUGUUCAAAGGGGCGAUUAUUGGAUCUGCUAGGCACAAGGGGAUUCAUAGAGAUGGGAGUUCCAGCGAAUUCAACAGUUACAGAAGCUAUGCAUAGGCAUAGAAGAAGACAACACCGCAUUGAGAUAUUUAAUAAAGUGGAGGAUGAGAUAGAGAAGUUGAAGCAUGAGAACCAUCAAAUAGAAGAUAUUGGCCUUUGGAGGAGUAAGAAUGGGAAAUACAAACCAACCUUUUCAUCAAAAAAUACUUGGCUGGAGAUAAGGAAAGUGUAUGCGGAUCAAGUUUGGAGCAAAGGGGUAUGGUUUAAGCAUGCCACACCUAAAUAUUCAUUUCACACAUGGACAGCAAUGAGAGAUAGGUUGUCCACAUGUGAUCGAAUUUUGAAAUGGAACCCAAAUAUUGAUCCUCUGUGUGUUCUUUGCAAGCAACAAAUGGAGUCGAGGAAUCAUUUGUUUUAUCUAUGCUCUUACUCGAGUAGGAUUUGGCAAAGUUUGACAAGAGGUUUGCUUCAGUCUAAAUACACAGAAGAUUGGGAGGAGAUAAAUGUGCUUAUGUUGGAUCAUAGAUUGGACAGAAACAAGAGGUUUUUGUUAAGGUACAUUUUUCAAGCAGCUGGUCAUGCGAUAUGGAGAGAAAGAAAUCGCAGGAAACAUGGUGACAAGGAGCUCCCAUACAUGCUGGUUUUGAAGAAUAUUGACAAAAUUGUGAGAAAUAGGUUUUCUACUAUUAGGAGGCAAGGAGAUCAGAAGAUGGAUAAAGGGAUGAGUAUAUGGUUUGGAUCGAGAGUUUGAGUAUUAAAUAGUAGAAUAAUGCCUUUGUUUUUAUUUCAAUCACAGUGUUUAGACAUCUGAUGUACAAAAGUUUUGGAUAAAUAAAAUUUAAUAUUUAUUCAAAAAAAAAAA